AAAUAUUUGUUCAGCACCGUUUCUGACCACAGUCCAGUGAAGCCUCUCAUACAAUCAUCAUGGUUGUGUGGAAGCUACACAUUUUAUUUUUCCUUCCUUUCUGUUUUUGCUCUUUAUCAGACAUAACCAAUUUUAGAAGACGCCCCUCACGUCAAAGAUUUGUGCCAAUUGGAAGAUAUUGGGACCUCAAUGAGGAAUUUGACACAAAGAGACCUGUCAGUUCUUCACAGAGGUUCACUUUGGUGGCUCCAGACAUCCUGAGGACCGACACAGAAGAAAACAUCUACUUACAGGCAGAAGAUGCAUCCAGCCCCGUCACCGUCAGAAUUACAAUCCAGGACUUCAACAAAGACAUUCUUCUUCUCCAGGAGUCUGUAACACUUAAUCAGGAAAAUGGUUACCACCUUCUUAAGAGCAUACAGCUUUCAUCUGCUCUUUUGAAUCGUGAUGAAAAAAAGAACAAGUAUGUUCAACUGCAAGUAAACUUUGGAGACUUUUACUCAGAGGAGCGUCUUCUGAUGGUGUCCUUUCAUUCUGGGUAUAUCUUUAUUCAAACAGACAAACCUAUCUACAAUCCUGGAGACACUGUCCGUUUUCGAACCUUUGUGUCCUCUCCGUUCUUCAAGGCCUUUGACACCUCCAUCACUAUAGAUAUUCAGAAUCCAGAUGGUGUGGUGGUUAAUCAGAUCUCAAGGACCAGAGCCACACACGGUGUCUUUGCAGAUACUUUCCCUCUAUCUGAAAUCGUCAAUGAAGGAACAUGGAAAGUGACGGCAAAGUUUGACCACUGGGAACAAAACACAUUCACGUCCCACUUUGAAGUUAAAAAAUACGUGCUUCCAGCCUUCAACGUUACAUUGACUCCUAAAAAACCCUUCCUCAGUUUGGAUGACAACGAACUGGUUGUAGAAAUUUCGGCAAGAUACCUGUACGGGGAACCUGUGGAGGGGACAGCUUACGUCGUGUUUGGAGUGAAACUCAAUCAAGAGAUGAAAAGGUUGCCUUCUGUAAAGCAGGUGUCAGAUCUGAAUGGAGGAACUGUCAGACUGACUAUGGUGGAGCUCAGGAGGGCUUACCCCAAUAUUAAAGCAUUAGUGGGAAACUCUGUUUAUGUGAAGGCGUCCGUGCUCACCAAGACAGGAAGCGAUCUAGUAGAGGCUGAAAAGACUGGGAUUAAAAUUGUUGAAUCCCCAUAUGUCAUAGCCUUCAAAGAUGCACCAAAGUAUUUUAAGCCAGGAAUGCCAUUGGAUCUUACAAUUCAAGUAAGCCAGCAUGAUGGGUCCCCUGCUCAUAAUGUUUUGGUCAAGCUGACAUAUUUGGACUCACCAAUAAUCAUCUCCUCAGGCAUUAGUAGAGCCAGCAUUAACAUGCCCGCAAGACAAAUCUCUCAAACUAUCAUUGCUGAAACAGCACAGCCCGACUUGGGUAUAGAUCAGCAAGCCAAGCAGCAGAUCACUGUCAAUCCAUAUGUGACCCUCAAUCAACGUCAGCAAAACUACCUGUAUAUCUCCACUGGAACCAACAAAGUUUCUGUUGGAGAGACACUCUCCCUGCGGUUUUCCAUUUCUUUAUCUGAUCAGUCACACAGAGAAUUUAUCAAACACAUCACUUACCUGGUGCUGAAUAAAGGUAAAAUCAUAACAGCUGAGCGUCAAGUUGUGAUGGGCCAGCUGGUGACUAGUGUUUUCUUGGUGGUAACAUCGGAGAUGAUGCCGUCGUUUCGAGUUGUAGCGUUCUACAGCAUUCCCUGGGCAGGACGAGAGGAGCUGGUUUCUGAUUCAGUCUGGAUAGAUGUGGUGGACCGCUGUGUUGGAGGGCUGAAAGUUACGACAGACAGUAUACAGCAGCACUACGCACCUGGGAAAAACUUUCGCUUCCAGAUCCGGGGUGACCCAGGUGCAAAAGUUAGCCUGGUGGCAGUGGACAAUGCAGUGUACCUUCUCAAUGGGGAGAGACUGACACAGAGAAAGAUUUGGGACCUGGUUGAGCAUGGAGACAUCGGCUGCACCAGAGGGGGGGGUCAAGAUGCAACAGGAGUGUUUACAGAUGCCGGACUUCUUUAUUCCUCCAGUGGUGGGGUCAAAACUAGAAUCCGAAAAGAAAUGCGAUGUCCUGCCACUACCAGAAGAAGGCGUUCUGCUGAACUUAUCCAACGUAAAGCACGGCUUGAGGCACACUAUAAGGAGAAGCUGCAGCGACGCUGCUGUAAAGACGGCCUUAGGGACAUUCCAAUGCCAUACUCCUGCACCAGGCGCUCCCUCUACAUCACCGAGGGCCCAGAGUGCAUCCUGGCUUUCCGCUACUGCUGCGCUACUUACAGGGACCAGGUUUUCAACACAGAGAUUCCUACUACACCUCCACCCAUGACCACUCCUCCCCCAACAACCACCUCUUCACCAAGUUACCGUUUACAUCAUUUCCAUAAGUUGCCAAGGAUACCUCUUGGAGGUAGAGGAUGGAAUCUUCGACCGGCAACACAUAGAGAAAUUGGUUUUGAAUACAGUGUAGCAGCAAAGGCGCUGGAAAGAUCACGUAUGGAGGGUUCCCCUCCUAUCGCAAGGUUUAAUAAAGCUGAGGAGUAUGUGGAGGAAGAAGAGUUUGAAUAUUUGGAUGAAACACAGGUCUAUCUUCGAUCCAAGUUCUAUGAGUCCUGGUUGUGGAUGGAUGUGAACUUACCAAGCGAGACAGACAAAGAUGGGUUGGCACUGAAAAAUAUGAUAAAUCCUUUACCGGACAGCAUCACAGAGUGGGGAGUUUUGGCCAUUAGUGCAUCACCUGAAACAGGUUUCUGUGUUGCGGAGCCGUACAAUUUCAAAACUUGGAAGCAUUUCUUUGUCGACCUUAAGCUCCCAUACUCUGUGGCAAGGAACGAACAAGUGGAGAUUAAAGCUGUCGUCCACAACUAUGGCAACGAUGAGAUGCAUGUGAGGGUGGUGCUGAUGAAGACAGAGGGCAUGUGCAGCGUUGCUUUCAAGGAAAGACACACGCAGGAAGUGACUCUGCCAGCGGGCUCUUCUGUGGUGGUGCCUUACACCAUUGUACCACUGGUGGUGGGCAAACUUCCAUUGGAGGUAAUGGUGGUUGGCAGAGACUUGACAGGCGGCGACCGCAUACAGAAGUUUCUGCGAGUUGUGCUGGAUGGAGUACAGAAGACUGAAGUUUGGAGUACAGUGUUGAAUCCAUCUGCUCAAGGAGGAACUCAGACGGUUCGUAUCGGUAAAGUGGAACUGGAGUCAGUGGUGCCAAACUCUGUGCCUGAGACCUUCAUUAAUGUCAGAGGUAAUGUUUUGGCAGACAGCAUUGAAAACUCCAUCAGCGAGGAUUCCCUGGCAUCUCUCAUCCAGAUGCCCGGUGGAUGUGUGGAGCAGAACUUGGCCUCAAUCACUCUACCACUUAUUGCCACUCUCUAUCUGGAUCGAACCGAAAACUGGGACAGUGUAGGAGUGGAUCGCAAGGCGGAGGCUCUCCGAUACAUCAGGAGAGGAUAUGAGAACCAGUUAGCCUACAGAAGGAGUGAUGGGUCAUACCCCCCCUACAGGCGUGAAGGAGCAAGUACUUGGAUUACAGCGUAUGUUGUCAAGGUUUUUUCGAUGGCUCACUCGAUCAUCAGUAUCUCAGAGCAGCAAGUGUGUGACCCUUUGCUCUACCUGGUGAAAAACAAAAUCAGACGUUCGAAAGGAGUGUACAGGGAGGACAACCCAGUUUAUUCAACCACCAUGACUGGUGGUCUGCGAGGCGAUGACCCAGAAAUAACAUUGACAGCCUUUGUCCAUAUUGCGAUUUCUGAAUCCAUGAAGGCAGGGGUCCGUUGUGGCAGUCCAGAUGUGGAGGAAGCUAUUACAUGGACUAAUCAGUUCCUGAGCAAAGCCCUACUGACCAGUGGAAGGAGACCCUACACAGUGGCCAUCACCUCCUACGCUCUGGCUCUACAAGGAACAUAUGACGUUCAUGUCGCUUUACUUGAAGCAGCAUCUCGAGAUAGAAGCCACUGGCCUGACAAGGAAAACCACUUGUUCACACUGGAAGCCACUGGCUAUGCUUUGCUCACACUGGUAAAGAUGGGACGCAUGGAGGAAGCUGCACUGCCCUUCAAAUGGCUCAACAGUCAAAGGAGAAGAGCAGGAGGCUUCGGUUCAACUCAGUCCACCAUGGUGGUGCUCCAGGCUCUGUCAGAAUACAUGAUCAAUCAACCUCCUCCUGCUGACCUCAGUCUGAAUGUGGACAUCAGGUUGACGGGACGCAAGGAGAUCCGUUACCACUUUAACCCUAAUACGGCCUAUGCUGCUCGCUCCUCUAAAUUGCCUGCUGGUAUGGACUUGGAAGUGGUGGCUCAAGGGAAUGGGCAAGGAAUACUGGAGGUUGUGACUCAUUACAACCAGCUACAUGAAGUUGAAGAGAAAACACCCUGCAGCCACUUUGAGCUCAGCGUUGAUAUAGAAGAAUCCAGUGAAAAGCCACCAGCUGAUGUAGAAAAAUCCUACCAGAUCAGCAUCAAAGUGAGGGCUUUGGGACCUAGAGAUGUCAGAAUGGUGGUUCUUGACAUCAGCCUGCCCACUGGCUUCACCCCAGAAAACUCAGACCUGGAAAUGCUCUCUAGCUCGGUGGAUCAUUACAUCAAUAACUUCCAGAUCGUAGAUAACCUGAGUGACAGAGGAUCCCUGAUCAUUCACUUGUUCAAGGUUUCUCACAAAGAGCCUGAAAUUGUUAUCUUCAGGCUUCAGCAGACCUUUAAAGUUGGUCUCCUGCAGCCAUCUUCUGUAACUGUUUAUGAAUAUUACAACCCAGAUCACAGAUGUAGCCGCACCUACUCUCCCAAGGAAGACACGGAGGAACUCUCUCGGAUCUGCAGCAACGACGUUUGCCGCUGCACGCAGGGCGACUGCUGUGUCUCAAAAUCUGAAGGUGAACAUUUCCUGAACCACGAAAGAGAGAUUUUCGCCUGUGCAAGCUUACACCAUGUUUGGCAGGUGCUGGUCCUCAGUUUGAAUCAGAGCUACUAUGAUAAAUAUGAGAUGGAGAUUACACAGGUUAUUAAACUUGGUGUAGAAUCUGGGGUUGAAGUUGGUCAGAAGAGGAUUUUUAUGUCUCAUGGUGGCUGCAGAGAAAGACUCAACCUGAAACAAGGCUCCCAGUAUGUCAUUAUGGGUCCUAAAGAGGACCAGUGGACCACUUACCCUGAUAACAACAGGUUUAUCUACAUGAUGGGGAAAGACACAUGGGUGGAGCGCUGGCCUUCAGAUGCAGAGUGUUCCAGCAACCCCAGCAUGCAAGAUAAAUGCAACAGUCUCAAUAAUGCUGCAAAUGAUCUGUCUGUGAAUGGCUGCAGGUUGUAGCUGUAUCUGACCAGAAGCCAUACAACAGGUCUGAUUAUAGAGUAACUCUGUAUAUGCAUCUCUGGAGGGAGGACAGAAGAUGAAAGAAAUUGUGUCUACCAAGCAGAGCAUACAGUUAUCACACCAUAACAUAUGAUUAGACUGAGGAACAAUGAUAAACUGUGAUAAACCGUCCCACGAGAAUAUACUGCAGGUGUCCUAUUGAGAGAAAAGCAAAUGAUCCCAACCACAAAACAUCACACUUCUUAAUCAGUUAUUUCACUGUAGUAUAUGAUGCUAUAGUUAUUACCGUAUUAGAAAGUAGUAAAUGUUAAUAUAAUUAACCAUAUAAAAAACUGUCAAGCUAAAUUUAGAACAAUGUGUACUUAAAAGUGAAGAGAUGUAUUGACUGUCUGUAAUAGUACUAAAUGCUGGUGUGUAGUGCAAAUGUAGAACAUUAAAAAUACAUAAAAAACAACAAAUUUAAAAGCUGA